AUGCUUAAUGCUGGUGGAGCAACCAAAAUUCAUGUAGUUGCUAAGAAGAAACGCGAGUUUAGAGACUCUGCAGCCAAUGAUUCAACUUUAAGAAUUUCGAACAUACCAAUUGCUGCUUUCUAUUCUCGUGCUCAUCUUGAAGAAAAUGCUCUAGCAACAGUCUUGAGUAAUGGAAUGUACAAGAGUGUGCGCCGAUCUACUAUGACCAACAAGGAUUUGCAUCGAGCAUCAAUAGCAAUGUUUUAUGGAUCAAACGAGGACUUCGUUAUUGGUCCUGUAAAGGACUUGAUUGAUGAACAAUACCCGCAAAUGUAUAGGCAGUAUCGGUACGGAGAGUUUCUUGAAGAAUUCCAUAGACAAGAAGGAACUCACCGAAGGGUGAAGGAAAUGUCCGAGUUUAAACAUUGA